AUGUGCGGCCGAUACUCGCUGGUGUUGAGGCCGUCACAAAUCAGGCAGAUGCUCCAAGAUGACAUGGACAUGCCCGUCAACGAUGCCCCGGCCGACGAAGGCGACGGCGCGCCGCGCCAGAGCUACAACUUUGCGCCGGGCUACUACGGCGUCGUCUACCGCGCCGACGUGCCCGAUCGUGGCGCCGGAACUACUGCUGGCAAUUCCAGCACCACCGCCACCACUACUACUAGUAGUACUACUCACCAAGGCAGCGACGCAGCACAGCAACAACAACAAGAACAAGAAGAAGACAGCACCCCGGAAACGGAACCCGAAGCCAAAGAAGCGCACCACUACAAGCUCCAGUCCAUGAAAUGGGGCCUGGUCCCCUUCUGGACCAAGGGCAAGCCCUCAUACCCGGCGCUGCUCAAGACCAUCAACUGCCGCGACGACUCGCUCGCGACCCCGGGCGGCAUGUGGGCGAGCAUGAAGGCGCGCAAGCGGUGCGUCGUGCUGGCCGAGGGGUUCUACGAGUGGCUGAAGCGGGGGCCUGGCGGCGGGAAGGAGAGGGUUCCGCAUUACGUGAAGCGGAAGGAUGGGAGGUUGAUGUGCUUUGCAGGGUUGUGGGAUUGUGGGGAAGGGAAGGGGGAGGGGCCGCUCUAUACGUACACGAUCAUCACGACUGACAGUAACGCGCAGCUGAAGUUCCUGCAUGAUCGAAUGCCGGUUAUCUUGGAGCCCGGGUCGGAGGCGCUGUGGACGUGGUUGGACCCUGGGCGGACGGAGUGGAGUAAGGAGUUGCAGGCGGUGCUGCGGCCGUUUGACGGCGAGCUGGAGGUGUAUCCCGUCAGCAAGGAGGUCGGGAAGGUGGGGAAUAACUCGCCGAGCUUUGUGAUUCCCGUCGCGAGCAGGGAGAAUAAGGCGAAUAUUGCCAACUUCUUUGCUAAUGCGGAGAGGUCGGCGGCGGCGGGGAAGAAGGGGGGAGUAGGGAAGGCGGAUGUAGAGGUGGAGGUGAAGAAAGAUGACGCCAGUUCAAGCCAGGGGAAGAGUGUUGAGAGGGAGCUGAAGACAGUGAAUGAAUUAGCAAGGGGGGCUGACGAUGGCGGGAUGAGCGCAACGCCGAAGAAGGGGUUCAAGCGAGAGGCGGACUCGUCUCCGGUUAAGGAAGAGCCGCCGGCUAAGAAAGUGGCACACGCGAAGCCGUCGUCCCCUGUUAAGGGGAAGCAGCAGGGACGAGGCAAGAUCAGCGCGACCAGCAACACGGGUCGGAGUCCGGCCAAGGCCAAGGCGAAGGCGGAUGGCAGCCAGAAGAUCACAAAGUUCUUUGGCAACAGCGCUUGAACGGGGCGUUUCCUGUUGGAUUGGGGGGGUUGGCGUUAGGCGUUGCUGGAUCGGUCGAUGUCUGGAUACCCUGCUUGAUGACAUAUAAGGAGUUUUGAGAGCCAUCAGGCCCGUUAUCGGCGUUGGGAAGAGCGCCGCGAAGUAUCGAGUCUUUCCUAAUGAGUUCGUAUGGCAAAGCAAAUGAGAAUGGCAUGUAAAAACUGCGCGGCUCACUUCUAAUGCAGGUCUG